AUGGACGCGCCGGAGCACCUCCACGGCAGCCACUGCCGCUCCGGCAAUCCCCAGUUCGCUAUGGAGAAGCAGGGGAAGGCCUCGGACCAUUUCGCAGUGGACGACCUCCUCAAUUUCUCCAACGACGACGAGUGCUUCGGCGGCGGAGACGAGUUCUCCCCCGACACUGCGCCGGUGAACUCCGCCGACGAGUCCACGGUCACGGCUCUUGACAGCAGCUCCAACUCCUCCGGCAACGAACAGCAUUUCUCCGGCGACUGUCGCUCCGCCGAUGCAUGCCUCUCCGACGGUCUCUGCGUGCCGGUACCGCCACUCUCCUUCCUUCUCUUCCCACCGCGCCCCCCCCUUCCCUGUGGAAACCUCUUAUCGUCGGAAAUCUAUCUCAUCCGGUUGUUCUUCAUCCAGCUACGGUUUCCGAACAAUCUCCAUUCCCUCGUCCACUUUUUCUCCGAUUUUACACUUCUCUGUUGGGUGUGGUUCGUCUCCAGCUUCGUUCACCUUCCGGCGAUUUUCUGGUUUCUGUCGCCAUAUGUUUCGCCGGCCCGAGGACCGAUCGUCUCGCUCACUGGUUGCUCCGCCCGAAAUGAAACAAAGAUAACAAUGCAUAACGUCUCUGUAAUUUGUUCUUAAAUUUGGUCGAUGAUUAGAGUCUGUGUUAAUGAGCAGUACGACGAGCUUGCAGAGCUGGAGUGGCUCUCCAACUUCGUGGAGGAGUCCUUCUCCAGCGAGGACCUGCAGAAGCACCAGCUGAUCUCCGGCCUCAAGUCCUCCUCGUCUUCCUCCGCCUUGCUUCGCCAGGAGGCCCACAUCCUCGGGAAGGCCCGGACCAAGCGCCGCCGCCCGGGGCCAACCUGCUGGUCCUCCAGCCUCCUGGUCAUCUCUGCGGCCAACUCUUCCUCCGACUCCGCCGCCGCCGGUGAGCCGGCGAAGAAGAAGGCCUCCCAAGGGCCUGGCGCCGCCGCCUCCGGCGCCACCGGCGACGGCCGGAAGUGCCUCCACUGCGACACCGACAAGACCCCCCAGUGGCGGGCCGGCCCCAUGGGCCCGAAGACCCUCUGCAACGCCUGCGGCGUCAGGUACAAGUCCGGCCGGCUGGUUCCCGAGUACCGACCGGCAGCGAGCCCCACCUUCUCCCUCUCCGAGCACUCCAAUUCCCACCGGAAGGUCCUCGAGCUGCGCCGCCAGAAGGAGCAACAGUCCCUGCCGCCCCCCGGCAACCUCCACGAGGCCCUCAUCUCCGGCGCCCCAUCUCACGCAGGCAAGUGCCACUGA